UCAUUUGUAUGCGAAACGUCAUCAAGGAAGGGGAGGAGGGAGGGGGCGUGAAAAGGACGUUUAAAUUGCAAUCCAAGCCUUCCCCCCAGCGGUACCCAUUCUGCGGGAGAAUUGCGACAGCAACCAAGCCAACGCUACGAGAAGCAUUCCAGCCUUCACACCGAAGCAUAAACGAUGGCCACCAAAGACAAACUGAUCACCCAAGUGCUGAAGGAGGAGCCAGGGAGCAGCAGGAACAAGGUGACGGUGGUGGGCGUCGGCAUGGUGGGCAUGGCCACAGCCAUGAGUGUUCUGCUCAAGGAUCUUUGUGAUGAGCUGGCGCUGGUGGACGUGAUGGAAGACAAACUGAAAGGCGAAGCAAUGGACCUGCAACACGGCUCCUUCUUCCUGAAAGCGCACAAGAUUGUGGGGGACAAAGACUACAGCGUGACUGCCGGCUCCAGGGUGGUCGUGGUGACUGCCGGCGCGCGUCAGCAGGAGGGAGAGAGUCGCCUCAAUUUGGUGCAGCGCAACGUCAACAUCUUCAAGUUUAUCAUCCCCAACAUUGUCAAGUACAGCCCCAACUGUAUCCUGAUGGUUGUCUCGAACCCAGUGGACAUCUUAACCUACGUUGCUUGGAAGCUGAGCGGUUUCCCCCGUCACCGCGUCAUUGGCUCUGGAACCAACCUGGACACGGCCCGCUUCCGUCACCUCAUGGGAGAGAAACUAUCCCUCCACCCUUCAAGCUGCCACGGCUGGAUCAUCGGAGAGCACGGGGACUCCAGUGUGCCUGUGUGGAGUGGCGUGAAUGUGGCCGGCGUCAGUCUUCAGGAGCUCAAUCCUAAAAUGGGGGCUCAAGGAGAUAGCGAAGACUGGAAGGCGGUGCACAGAAUGGUGGUUGAUGGGGCCUAUGAGGUGAUCCGGCUGAAGGGUUAUACUUCAUGGGCCAUCGGGAUGUCUGUGGCUGACCUGGUGGCGAGCAUCACCAAAAACAUGCACAAAGUUCACCCCGUGUCCACACUCAUCAAGGGGAUGUACGGCGUGCAAGAGGAGGUCUUCCUGAGCGUCCCUUGCGUCCUGGGCAACAUGGGCCUGUCGGACGUCAUCAACAUGACCCUGAAGCCCGAGGAGCAGCAGCAGCUUGUGAAAAGCGCCGAGACGCUGUGGGCCGUCCAGAAGGAGCUCAUUCUGUGAACAGCGCAGCGCCCCGUAGUUCGUGGCCACCUCGACCCCAAACUAAACAUCACAAAACACUGCAUUAAGCCCAAGCGACUCCCUUGUAUUUUCUGUGUCCCACUGUGGCAAAUGGCCUCCACGAAGACCACAAAAAGUUACUUUCAGAUAUUAACCAAGAAUAGGUGUCGUCGGUUCUCAUCAUUGUACGUCUAACCAGAAACACUCACAACUAUUUAGCUGUUAGCAUCAGCUUGUGUUGACAUUUGGGAAUGUUUGUCUAAAAUCCUACAAGUACGCUGUUACUGUGCACUGUUAUGGCUUCUUUCACACACUCCUUGUCUGCUUUGUGUAAUGGUUGUAAUGUCUGUUUUUUUGUUCACGCGUCAGUGUGUUGUUUUUUUUUUUUUU